AUGAGAUGCCCUUAUGCUGAAUUCCUGCUUCUAUUUGGGCUUCUCCUAUGUACUGCAAUUACAGUUGGUUUCGCUUUCAAUUUGAGUAAUUCUGAGGUCACAUGCAUUGAGGAAGAAAGACAAGCACUCCUCCAAUUCAAACAAGGCCUUGAAGAUAAUUACGAUAGGCUGUCUUCUUGGGGCAGUCACGAAGAUUGCUGCAAAUGGAAAGGAAUUGAAUGCAGCAACCCAACGGGUCAUGUUAUCAAGCUUCAUCUCCGAGCAAAUUAUACUUUCACGGGAACCCUUGAAUUUCUAUCAGGUGAGAUAAGCUCUUCAUUACUUGGAUUGCAACAUUUGACUUACCUCGACUUAAGUUCUAAUUAUUUCUCCAUCAUCCCGAACUUCAUUGGUUCCCUCACUAAAUUGCAAUAUCUCAAUCUUUCCAACAACAUCUUGAUGGUUGGAACCAUUCCACCGCAGCUUGGAAAUCUCUCAAGCUUGAUUUCUCUUGAUCUCAGCUUGAACUCUAGGUUGAUUGAGGACCAUAAUCUUGACUGGCUCAUUCAUCUCUCCUCUUUAAGACAAUUAGAUAUGAGCUAUCUGAACCUUAGCAAGAUAGUCAAUUGGCCGGAUAAGAUUAAUAUGCUCCCUUCUUUGUCAGACUUACGUCUAAGUUAUUGUGAGCUCUCCAUGCCAGUUCCUCCUGUGCUUUCCCAUGCUAUUAAUUCUUCUUCACCCCUUUCAUUCCUUGAUCUCUCUAACAAUUAUCUCAACUCCUCAAUAUUCCCUUGGGUGUUCAAAUAUAACAACAGCCUUUCUCAUCUUGACCUCAGUUCUAACGUGUUAGAAGGUUCUAUUCCAGAAGUUUUUGGGAAUAUGGUAACUCUUGUUCAUCUUGACCUCUCGUCCAACAACCUUCAAGGGACGAUACCAGAUCUUACAAAAUUAUCUUUGUUGAGAGAAUUGCGCCUAUUCGAGAAUCAGUUAAAUGGGAGUUUAGACAAUGUUCUAGGAAAACUUUCCAAGCUUCAACUUCUGGAUGUGUCUUUAAAUUCUUUAACAGGUGUCAUCACUGAAGCGCAUUUGUCAAAUCUUUCUAGCUUAAACCAUUUGGAAUUGUCUUUUAAUUCUCUGUCUUUGAAUUUUACUCCAAACUGGGUUCCACCAUUUCAUCUGGAUAGCAUAGGAUUGAGAUCUUGUAAAUUGGGGCCAGCUUUUCCUCAAUGGCUUCAAACACAAAAGAAUUUCUCACGGCUUGAUAUAUCUCAUGCAAGAAUCUCAGACACCAUUCCCAACUGGUUUUGGGACCUUUCUUCCAAUAUAAAUCUCUUAAAAAUCUCGCACAAUCAGAUCUCUGGUACCAUACCUCUUCAAUACUUUUUGACAAAAUAUAUUAGUUCUUGCAUAAUAGAUUUCAUCAUUGGGAUACCUUGA